AUGUCUAUAGAUAAACUUCCACACCAUGUUCUUUAUAAAUUAUGUAAAUAUUUAUCUUUCAAUGAUAUUAUAAACUUAUCAAAAACAUGCAAACAAUUAUAUAUUUUAAUUAAAAAAGAUAAUUAUUUUUGGAUGAUAUUAAUUCAAAAUCAUUUUGGAUCUAAAUUGUAUCAUCGGUAUGUUAAUGAAAUAUUUCAAAACAAGAAAAAUUCUGAUUAUGAUUUAUAUCGUACAGAAGAAGAUAAACAAAAAUUUGAGAAGUCUUUUCGAAGAUAUGAAGGUUUGCACGUGUGUAAUAUAUGGUUAUUGAAUGUAUUAAAUGGUAAAGAUAAUAGUGACGGUUAUAUAGCUUAUAAAAGUAUAAUUAAACAAAAAGAGCGUCCACGUACAAAUCAAUUAAAAAUGUCUUUAACAAUCGAAGAAUUAUUUGAAUAUUAUUUCAACACAAAUAAAUAUUUAAAUAAAGAAAAUAUUCUAGAAAUAUCAAUCUAUAAAUUAAUUUCUUUUUAUUUAAUUCAAUCAAAACGUUUAUUAGGUGUUGAUUUGUUUGCAAUAUAUCAAAGUUGUACACCAAAUCAUAGAGGCUGUUUUAAUAUGCAAUAUUGGAAACAUGAAUAUGAUUUAAAUUGUUUAAUAGGUCGAUGUGUCCGCUUAUAUUCAGUUCGAACAUUCUAUCUAGGUGGUAUAAAAGGUAAAUUUAAUUCAAUAUUACCUGGAAUCUAUGAAAUAAUAUGUCGUAUUAAGCUGGAUAAGAACAAUGAAUAUUUAACAUAUUAUAAUGAAUGUUGUAAUAAAAAUCAUAAAUUAAAAAAAAGUGUGGAAUGUUAUUUUUAUGCAUUAGCCGAUCAUGGUCUUGAUUGUGAAUGUGAUGGGAAAAAACUGAAUUUUGAUUGGUUUGAAUCAAACUAUUUAUUACAUGGUAAUCAAUAUUGGUUUAAUCAAACGAUGGGUUAUAUUAAAAUAUUCGAACUAUCAAAUAUUUAUUUUGGAUUUCGAACUGAAUCAGAUUAUGGUUAUCGCAAUAUUUUGUUUGACUAUAUACAAUUAAAUAUUAUUGAAUAA